AUGUCGACCAAGCCCACCGGAAAGGCCCAGCGUUCCGCUAUUGCGGACGUUGUCACCCGCGAGUACACCAUCCACAUGCACAAGAGGAUGCACGGUGUCACCUUCAAGAAGAGGGCUCCCCGCGCUAUCAAGGAGAUCAAGGCCUUCGCCACUAAGUCCAUGGGCACCACCGACGUCCGUCUGGACCCCGAGCUCAACAAGGCCGUCUGGGAGCAGGGAAUCAGGGGCGUCCCCUACCGUCUCCGUGUCCGCAUCUCCCGCCGCCGUAACGACGAGGAGGACGCCAAGGAGAAGCUGUACAGCUAUGUCCAGGCCGUCAACGUUAAGAACCCCAAGGGCCUCCCCACGGUCGUUGUGGAGGAGUAA